AUGGGGUUCUCAGGACUUCUGCCAAUUCUGGUACCAUUCAUCCUCCUGGGGGGUGUCCAGGAACCUGGGCUGGUUGAUGGGUUUUUUCGCAGGAGAUGUCCCAAGAUCAGAGUAAAAUGUGAAAUCAAAGAAAGGAACCAAUGUACGAUGCACAAACAUUGCCCGGAAAAGAUGAGGUGCUGCAUGUUCAGUUGUGGAAAGAAAUGUUUAGACAUCAAACAAGACAUAUGCAAGUUGCCAAAGGAAGUCGGCCCCUGCAUGGCCUACCUUCCACGCUGGUGGUAUGAUAAGGACACUGAGGUCUGCUCCAGAUUCAUCUAUGGUGGUUGCCAAGGGAACAAUAAUAACUUCCAAUCUGAAGCCAUCUGCCAGGUCACCUGCCAAAAUAAACGGGGCUUGGAGUCGUCUCCAGAGCAGACUCCCAGGGCUUGGAGCCUAGUGGAGGGGGAGGCCACCAGCCGGGCCCACGGAGAGCCCAGCACGCCAGCCUCGGGAGGCUUGGACACCAGUUCACGCCAGUUUGUUACUUCUUGA